UGAACAAUACUGUAUGCUCGCACAGCCCAACUCAAAUACAAGAGGUCAUUUAUCACGAGGAAUCAAAUUUGACUUGAUCUUAUGAGAUGGAUGUUCCUGUAUAAACAUUGUGACUUUGAGAACUAGUGACUGGCAAGUGAGGAAAUAGUUUUUUUAUGAAACUAAGCUGCAAAAAUGACAGCUUUCUGACAUCAGUCAUGAUGACACAUACAUCAACACAUCAACGCUUUUCUCUCAAAUGGCCAGCAGCAACAAAAAAAAAAAAAAACUGAAAUACUUUAUUUAUAAACAUCAUAGACAGAGUUUUUGGUGGUGAAAAACAGUGUAAUGUCUGUGUUGUAGUAGUCUGGAGGUGGUGAUGCUGCCCCAUUGUUUGUGGUGGAGGUUCUGCUUCACUGCAGCAAAGACAGUGUGAAAAAUGCAGCCACGGAGGCAGCCAAACCGGCAGCCCAGGAGAAAUGGGUGAGAUGCAGAUUGCAGGCGACAUUAAAACAGCGAAGCGUGAGCUAAAGAAAGCACGUACCGUUCUGCAGAUAGAUGAGCUGAAGUGCAGGAAGUGUGUGAUACGGCGCCUGGGAUUCGCCACUUCCUCUGACGUCAUCGAGAUGAAAGGCCGUGUGGCCUGUGAGAUCAGCAGAAUUCUAGGUCACAGACAUGCAUCAAACUGGGUUCCCACGCUUUUUGAGAGUGCUUGAAAGUACUUGAAUAUCAGACACAUGGAUUCAAGGCCUGGAAAGUACAAGAUAUUGUAUGAUAUAGAAACAAUAUGAUCAUUUUUAGCCGUAUUGCCAAAUGGUUUGUUUGGGUGAGACUAUCUGUUAUGAUUAAUAGCAUUUUACUUACACUUUUUGGUGGCACAGGUGUUAUAUUCUUCACCUUAGUGGCCAUUUUCUGUGCAAACAGACCAUUUGUUGACCCAGUGUUAUGUCUGACUGUUGUGACAUUUGCCGUGCAAGCUGUUUGAGAUGCGUGUGGAUUGUGAUUGUCAAAGUUAAGCUGUUUUUUCUCUUUAGUCAACUGUCAGUUUAGAGCCAUUAAACCUUAUCCCCUUAAAGAUUAAAAACAGACACUUUCACAAUCCAAAGUCAUAAAAAUAUGGAUGUUAAAAGAAUGGUGGUGGAAAGAGUGGUUUGGACAAAACUAAAACAAAUGCGGUUUUCAACUAUUAGAGAUUUAGCUUGUAGAAAUAGAGAGAUGAUGAUUGAAAUAACUAGUUUCAUCUGUUUAUGGUCACCAACAAUGUCAAUAAUUAUGCAUCAUUACCAGAAAAUACUGGUUGCACUUUUGUUCAGAAGUCGGAAAACAUUUUUAAGUUAUUUGACGUCAUCCGUGAUGACUUUAAUGUUCACAACUUAAAAGUCUCUUCCAUGAAGCCUGCCAGAUCUUAUUCCCUUUACACAUGGUUUAGAGAUGUGCAAUCUUGUAUGUUCAGUUGUGUGUUGUUUUAUUAGCUUCU